GGUUGCUAGGAGUCGGGGACGCCCGCCCUCCAGAGCGGCCCGGGCCGGGUCUGGUGAGGCGAGCUAGCGGGCCCAGCGUCGGCCCGGACCGAGGAGACCGCGGCCACCUGGGCCUUCGAGGAGCGAUGGAACCCGGGAAGAGAAGAACUAAAGAUGAUACUUGGAAGGCAGAGGACCUCAGAAAACACCUUUGGGCUGUACAAUCAGGUAGUCCAAAGGAAGACAAGAAACACAGAGAAAAGAAGCUGCACAAGGAUCCAGAAAUGGACUUCCUCGAAUACAAAGAACAUAAGUACAGGGACCCAGACCGAGAUGCGCGGCACAGAGAAAGGGCUGGCGAGAGAGACCUGUACCCCUCUAAGGAGAAUCCUUAUGGGGAAAGAGACCGAGAGAAACACAGGGAAAAGAGAAAGGACACAAAAGACCGGGAGAAAGAGAAGUUGAAAGAGAAACAUCGGGAACAAGAUGCAGAGAAGUCUCACAGCAGGGGAAAGGACAGAGAAAAAGAGAAGGAUAGAAGGCCCAGGAAAGAAGAGAUGAGGCAGACUGCCGCCUACCACAACAUCCUGAUCCGGGAGGCGCGGGACCGGCAGUUGCUGGACAGAGCAGACAAGAAGAUCCGUUCAGGUAGUAAAGUACGAAUUGAAGAGAAAGAAAGGAGAGAAGAAGAUUCUGAAAGGGUGGAUGAAGAUAGAGAAAGAAGAUACCGAGAAAGAAAGCUGCAAUAUGGUGACAAUAAAGACAAUCCUCUCAAGUUCUGGCUUUAUAAAGAAGAAGAUGAACGAAGACACAGAAAGCCUAGAGAAGUAGAUAGAGAAAAGAAACACCAAGAAAAAAGCAGCACAAGAGAGAAAAGAGAAAAACAUUUGAAAGAAAAGGGGAACCUUCUCACUGACAAGGAAGGGGAAGAGAGACACAGAGAAAAACGUUAUAGAGAUCUUGAUGAUGAGAGGCAUCGAAGUCACACAGAGAGAAAAGAGAGAGUGUCCAAAGACGAGCAUAAGAAGAGGGAGUCCAAGAAUGGUGAACACAGAAAUCGAGGUGCACGUUUGAAAAGAGAUGGGACUGGCAGCCAGCAUGCAGAGGAUUUAGUAAGGAGUAUUGGAAAGGAUAAAGAUUCAAGAAGGAAGCAUAGCCGGGAGGACAGCUCCUCAGUGCGGACGGUGACCCAGCGUCAGGGAGGUGAAGAAUCAGUGGUGGAUAACAAGGAGCAUGGCUGCUGGAUUGUGUGGGGUCUACAUAGUUUCGAUGAAGCUGCAGUUCCUCUGACUGAAGAGGGAGAUGUUCCAAGUGUCGUCUGCAGCUGGUGGGCAGCUGUCUGGAUUCUGAACAUGGAUGUGGUUUGGCCGAGUUGCUUUCCUAGAAAGGAAAUUGGAAAGGAGGCCAAUGAUUUACAGAAUGCUGGACCUGAUGAAAUUUCAGCCAAUUUUGAAGAUGAUUUUGAAGAUUAUGAGGAUGACUUUGAAGUUUGUGAUGGAGAUGAUGAUGAGAGCAAUUAUGAUCCUGACUCACAAGAAAAAAGUGAAGAACUUCCUCUAGCCCAGAAAAGGGAAAUACAAGAAAUUCAAAAAGCCAUCAAUGCAGAAAAUGAAAGGAUUGGCGAGCUAUCUUCAAAACGUUUCCCAAAGCAAAGUCGGGUGGAGUGUGAAAAGCAAUUCCAGGCAGAUGCAAACAAUUCCCCUUCCAGAACUCCUGUUUGUGGAAUUUUUGUGGAUUUUGCAACAGCCUCACACCGUCAAAAGAGUCGGAGUCAGGCCCUUAAACAAAAGACAAGAAGUACAAAACUACUCCGGCUUAUUGACUUAGAUUUUUCAUUCACUUUCUCCCUCUUGGAUUUGCCUCCAGUAAAUGAAUAUGAUAUGUAUAUCAGAAACUUUGGGAAAAAAAAUACCAAGCAGGCAUAUGUUCAGUAUAAUGAUGAUAAUGUUGAAAGAGACGUGCAGACUGAAGACAUAGAGACCAGGGAAGUGUGGACCCAACACCCAGGAGAAAGUGCCCUUGUCUCAGGAGGUAGUAGGGACAGAGAUAUCUCUGAUGCAGCAGCUGUACUAAAGAUUGAUACUCCAAGAUUAUCCAGUUUUCUCCGGGCAGCGUGUCAGGUGGUUGCUGUUUUGCUUGAAGAGGACCGUUUGGCAGCCAAACCCAGCUGGCAGCUCACAGUUGAAGAUAAUUCCCUACAUGUUAGUGACAGUUCCUGUCAGCUGAACACUGACCUGUCAUUCCUUCAAAAUCGAAAAGUACUCUGCUUACAUGCCUCUCAAGUUCAGAGGCAGACUGUGGUCUCCGUCCAUGACUUACCUGGAAAGACGUUCUCCCCAUCACUGGACAGCAGAUUCCUUCUUUGUGUGUGGGACAUUUGGCAGCCUUCAGGGCCCCAGAAGGUUCUGAUAUGUGAGUCCAAGGUUACAUGUUGCUGCUUCAGCCCUUUUAAAGCAUUCUUGCUGUUUUCGGGGACAGUCCAUGGCUCAGUGGUUGUGUGGGACUUGAGAGAAGACUCCAGAAUACACCAUUAUGUGAGGCUGAAGGACUGCUUAUGGACAUUCAGGACACCGACAUUUUCCACUGAUGGAAUUCUUACAUCAGUAAACCACCGAAGUUCUCUUCAAGCCAUAGAGCCUGUUGCUACAUCUGUCUACAAAAAACAGAGUUUUGUGCUUUCUCCCUUCGCUACUCAGGAAGAAAUGUCAGGUUUGUCGUUCCACAUCGCUUCCUUAGAUGAGAGCGGGAUUCUCAAUAUGUGGGUGGUUGUUGAAUUACCAAAGGCAGAUAUUGCAGGCUCAAUGAGUGAUUUGGGUCUCUUACCUGGAGGGAGAAUCAAGUUGGUGCACAGUUCUGUGAUCCAGUUGGGUAACAGUCUUCACUGGAAAGACAGUGAAUUCUGGGGGCCUACACAAACACUGAGUGUCAAAUUUCUGCCUUCAGAUUCUAAUCACUUUAUUGUUGGCACAGACCUGGGUCUUAUAAGCCAUGGCACAAGACAAGAUUUGAGAGUAUCUCCCAAACUGUUCAAACCUCAGCAACCUGGCAUAAGACCAGUAAAAGUUAAUGUGAUUGAUUUUUCACCAUUUGGAGAAUCAAUAUUCUUGGCUGGCUGCUCUGAUGGAAGCAUCAGGCUGCACCAGUUGACUUCUGAGUGGCCCCUGGCCCAAUGGGACAGCAGCACCGAAGGCUCUGCUAUCACCAGCCUGCAGUGGUCCCCGACAAGGCCUGCUGUGUUCCUGGCUCGGGAUGCUGCGUCCAGAGUCUAUGUCUGGGACCUCCUUGAGAGUGACCUGGGGCCUGUGGCUACACAGCUCAUCUCUCCAGACAGGCUGGUGGCCAUGACUGUCAUGGGUGAGUCAGACAAAGCUGGUGGCAGCUUUCUGGCCCUGGCACUGGCCAGGGCUUCUGGCACUGUGGAUAUCCAGUACCUGAAGAGGCAGUGGACGAUCCCGAAGGCAGACGAGCACAGCCAGCUGCAUCUGCUUCUGCAGGAAGGCCCAUGGAACAUGGAGCACUGCUCAAGGAGCACGCGUGUGUCACCUUACACUUAACUUUACCUCUGUGUAUUCAUGCACAGAGGAUGUGUAUAGUCUGUAUAUCAAUUUAUUUUACAGCAAUGUUUCUAUGGUAUUCCCAGUAAAUAAAUCACUAUUUUGGGUGGAAACAAAUGAAUCCCUUAGUGUAUACUGAACUUCAAAGGAAAUAUUAAGCCAUGUCCAGAUGCUUUUUUUCUAAGAGUUAUUUUUGGAACAGAUCUAAAAUACUGUCACAUUUAUUACUAGAUUUUAAACAGUCCAUGAUGAAAAUGUAUUUUAAUGGCUAUGUUCUUAGUCAUGCAUAAAAUGGUGUACACACAUGGCUCAAUUAAAAGGAAUUCCUUCAUUGAAAUGACCUUUGCUGUUUUCUUAAAACCUUGGGCAUAGGUUUUUGUUGAUUGAAUAUUGUUUAAUCCACCACAAUUUGCAUUAUGUCUUAGUACUAAAAUUAUCUUUGUAUAGAAAUAAGUAAAUAAAACUCUCAUGAACCUUGUAUCUUAAACAUAGAAACAGGGUAUGCUUUAGUCCAUUUGUUUUGCUAUAGCAAUUUAUGAAGAUCAGUGAUUGGUUUGCCAUAGUGUGAGAGGCUGGAUGUUCAAGGUCUUCUUGGUGAGAGUGGCUGUCUGCCUCCUGGUGCUGAAGGAUGCAGUCAUGUUCUCGUGUGACUGUUGGGGGCGGGGGGUAUAGC